GAAGAGGUUAUGUCUCUCCUCCCCAGAUUCGUUGCACGCGACGGAUUGUCUGGUAAGUGGUUAUGCGCGAAGAGAGACAUAACCGUAUAAAUCUAAAAACUGAAAACAAACAUAAAUGCGCAAGGGGGGUGAGGACAUGGAAGGAUUGAGAGUGUAGGGACUUAUCAUAAAUUCAGAGCCAGACAAAGGACCGAGUGAAAAGUUUACCUACAAAAUUUUCUCCAUCCUUAGCAUUGCCUGCUUUCCCCUCCAUUGUCCGGCCAUCUGAGCACUCUCUCCGUCCCUCCAUCCCUCUCUCUCUCUCUCUCUCUCGAGAACGGCAUGCCCUUCUUCCGCCGCAUUCCCUCCCUUCGUUCCCUCCCCCUCAUCUCCUUCCCCAAUCCAAUCCCCCGCCCGUUCUCCCAAGCUCACACUUUCCCACUCCCAAACCCCCAACCCUCCCCGCUUCUCCAAAUCCCACCUCUCGAAAUCACCAAGCCAAGCCAUGGCGGAAUCGGAUCCCAAUCCGUCACCAUCGACGGAAUCUGCCGUCUGGUCUCUCAAUGCUUCGACGACGGCGACAAAAAGCUUCGGUCUUUCCGACUUGAUGUGACCGCAGAACAAGCGGUGGCCGCCGCCGCCCUCCUCGCAGAGCGAGAAGGCUCGAUGGUGGCGCUAAGCUUCUUCCACUGGGCUAUCGUCCGCCCGGAAUUCAGGCAAUUCAUGCGGUUCUACAUCACGGUGGCGAGCUCGUUGGUCGGUAGGGGGAAUUUGGAGAAGGCCCAAGAGGUCAUGAGAUGCAUGAUUACGAGCUUUUCCGAGAUCGGGAAGCUGAAGGAAGCUGUGGAGAUGUUGUUCGACAUGCGGAGCCUGGGGCUGCCCCUCAGCGUCCACACCUUAAAUUUGGCGCUUAGAAUUGCUGUUGAGUCUGGCUCGAUAGCAUAUGCUUACCAAUUGUUCGUGGAAAUGCCGGUAAAUGGCGUCUUUCCGAAUACUUGCAGUUUCAAGACAAUGAUUGCCGCCUACUGUCGAGAGGGCCGUGUUGCCGAUGUCGAGAAGCUGUUGAGAGCGAUGGAUGGGAAAGGUUUCCGUGUAGAUAAUGCAACCUGCACUUCGAUUGUGGAAGCGUUUUGCCACAAGGGUCGCUUUGGCUGGGUUUUCGCUCUCUUUGAGAAGAUGUCAGAGAUGGGCCUGGCUCCAAACGUCAUCAAUUACACCGCUUUGAUAAAUGGGUUGUGCAAGAAGGGAAGCGUGAAGCAAGCAUUUCAAGUGUUGGAGGAGAUGGUUGGGAAGGGGCUGAAGCCAAAUGUUUAUACCCACACUUCAUUGAUCGAUGGGCUGUGCAAGAUUGGGUGGACUGAGCGAGCGUUCCGGCUGUUUCUGAAGCUUGUUCGGAGCGACUCAUACAAACCAAAUGUGCGAACUUACACUGCAAUGAUUGCAGGGUAUUGUAAAGAAAACAAGCUUAAUCGAGCUGAGAUGUUGUUGGCGAGGAUGUCUGAACAGGGGCUGGCACCAAACACUAACACGUACACUACUCUGAUCGAUGGGCAUGCUAAAGAGGGAAAUUUGGAUCGAGCUUAUGAGCUGAUGGACCAAAUGAAGAGACAGGGUUAUCUUCCAAAUGUUUGUACAUACAAUGCGGUCAUUGAUGGGCUCUGCAAGAAAGGAAGGGUUAGAGAGGCUUACAGGAUGCUUCAAGAAGGAUUGAAUCAGGGUUUGCAGCUGGAUAAAUUCACUUACACUAUUCUUAUAAGCGAGCACUGCAAGCGAGGCCAGACUGCUCGUGCUCUAAAAUUGUUUGAUCGGAUGGUUGGAGCCGGUUGCCAACCGGAUAUUCAUACAUAUACCACCUUGAUCUCUGCAUUCUGCAAGCAAAAGAGGAUGGAUGAGAGUGAGAGGCUCUUUGAGCGAUGUCUUGGUUUGGAGUUGGUUCCAACGAAGCAAACUUAUACGUCAAUGAUAAGUGGUUAUUGCAGGGUUGGAAAAGCAAGCUCUGCUUUGAGAGUCUUUGAGAAGAUGAUCCAGAAUGGAUGUGUAGCUGAUUCAGUUGCAUAUGCUGCUUUGAUAAGUGGGCUUUGCAAAGACUGUAGACUAGAGGAGGCACGAGCACUAUAUGAGGCCAUGUUAGAUAAAGGUCUGGUUCCAUGCGAGGUCAGUCGCAUUACAUUAGCAUAUGAGUACUGUAAGAGAGACAAAACUGAUGCUGCUAUGUCCGUGUUGGAGAGGCUAGAAAAGAAGCAGUGGGUCCAGACAGCCAAUAUCCUAAUAAGAAAGCUCAGUUCCGAAGCGAAGGUUGAUGCAGCUUGUUUGUUUUUCAGCAAACUGUUGGAUGAACAUUGCAAUGUUGACCGCAUAACUUAUGCUGCAUUCCUAAAUGCAUGCUAUGACAAUGAUAGAUAUUCUGUUGCCUCCAAUCUUUCUGAGAGGAUUUCCAAGGGAAUUGUUGGCUUUGGCGGAGAAAAUGGUGUUGGAGUAACUUGAGUUGCCUGGAGUUUUUGAGCCAUUAUACCGGUUGCUUCUUGUUUCAUUUGAAGGAUCGAUUCAUUCAAUCUCUGGGUAUAUGCCUGACGAAUGGAAUUCUCAGCAAUCUGUGUAGAUGUCUGGAUUUUUUUGUGAUGUACACAUCAGACAAAUAUUGAACACAUUGCUAUGUAGGAAGUUUCUAAGACGGGGUUAACAAGCAAUGCCUUUUUUUUUUUU